AUGGAUGAACGAUUUUUGAAUCCACCACCUACAGCUGAUCAAGAUGAUACUAAUCAGCCACUUGAUGCCAUCUUUGGUGAUAGAGUCAGAAGAUUUCAAGAGUUUUUAGAUAGAAUUGAUUCUAAUACAGGUAUAGAUUACAGAUCUAUUAUCAAAGAUAUGUUGAUCAAGAGUAAGUUUAGAUUGAGUGUUUCAAUUGAUGAAAUAAGAGAGUUUGACAGAGAAUUUUGGUUGGGGUUGCUCAACCAGCCAGCUGACUAUUUACCAGCUUGUGAAAGAGCUUUGAGAGACACAGUUUUAGCUAUUUACGACCCACAGGAUCCAAGUUUCCCACAUGACAGUUAUGACCCUAACCAGCAAUACUAUUUAUCAUUCAAGGGAGCAUUUGGGGGACAUUCGCUCACUCCUAGAUCGAUUGAUUCCAGCUAUCUUUCCAAAAUGGUUUCUAUUGAAGGUAUUGUGACUAGAGCUUCAUUAGUUAGACCAAAGGUUAUUAGAUCGGUUCAUUAUGCUGAAAAAACUGGUAGAUUUUAUGCACGUGAAUACCGAGACCAAACAACAUCCUUUGAUGCAAUUGCUACUCCGGCUAUAUAUCCAACUGAAGAUAUGGAAGGUAAUAAAUUAACCACAGAGUAUGGUUAUUCGACAUACAGAGAUUACCAGAAGAUCUCUGUACAAGAAAUGCCUGAAACAGCUCCUCCAGGUCAAUUGCCAAGAUCGGUUGACGUUAUUUUGGAUGAUGAUUUGGUGGAUUUGACAAAACCCGGUGAUCGUGUACAAAUUGUUGGUGUUUAUCGUGCCUUAGGAGGUGCUGCAAACAAUAGUUCUUCUUUCAAAACGGUUAUCUUAAGUAAUUCUGUUUACUUGUUACAUGCCAGAUCAACAGGGGUUGCUUCACAAGAAAAGUUAACUGAUCAAGAUAUUAGAAAUAUAAAUAAACUUGCAAAGGAUAGAAAGAUUUUUGAUAUUUUAUCCCGUUCUUUGGCCCCUUCAAUUUAUGGGUUUGACUAUAUUAAGAAAGCUGUUUUACUUAUGAUGAUGGGAGGUGUUGAAAAAAAUUUAGAUAAUGGUACACAUUUGAGAGGUGACAUUAACAUUUUGAUGGUGGGUGACCCAUCCACUGCCAAAUCUCAAGUAUUACGGUUUGUGUUGAACACUGCUUCAUUAGCUAUUGCCACUACUGGUAGAGGAUCGUCAGGUGUAGGUUUAACAGCUGCUGUUACUACCGACAAGGAAACAGGAGAAAGAAGAUUGGAGGCUGGUGCAAUGGUAUUGGCUGACAGAGGUAUUGUUUGUAUUGAUGAAUUUGAUAAAAUGUCAGAUAUCGACCGAGUGGCCAUUCACGAAGUUAUGGAACAACAAACUGUCACUAUUGCUAAAGCUGGUAUUCACACCUCAUUGAAUGCUCGUUGUUCUGUUAUUGCUGCCGCAAAUCCGGUUUUUGGACAGUACGAUGUCCAUAAAGAUCCACAUAAAAAUAUUGCCUUGCCCGAUUCAUUAUUGUCUCGUUUUGAUUUGCUCUUUGUUGUUACAGAUGAUGUCAACCCAACAAGAGACAGGGUUAUUUCUGAGCAUGUUUUAAGAAUGCACAGGUUUGUUCCUCCUGGAUUGAUGGAGGGAGAGCCAAUCAGAGAAAAAUCAGCAGUUACAUUGGCUGUCGGAGAUGAUGAAACCAAUGAACAAGAAUUAUUAGAACAGCCAAUGUUUGAAAAAUUUAACACAUUAUUGCAUGCUGGUAUUCAAAACAAAAAGUCAAAUAAUAUACUUUCGAUUCCAUUCUUGAAAAAAUAUGUCCAGUACGCCAAGCAAAGAGUGCAACCAGUGUUGACCAAGGGUGCAUCCGACUACAUUGUUACUACAUAUUCCUCCUUAAGAAACGAUUUGAUAGGCAACAACCAAAGAAAUACAGCUCCAAUAACUGCUAGAACUUUAGAAACUUUGAUUCGUUUAGCAACAGCUCAUGCAAAAGUCCGUUUAUCCAAAACUGUUGAUGUGAAAGAUGCAAAAGUUGCCGAGGAGCUAUUGAGAUAUGCAUUAUUCAAGGAAGUAGCCAAAAAGACAAAAAAGAGACAAAAAACUACAAGUAUAGUGGACUCAGAAGAGGAGGAAGAGGAUGAGUCUGAUGCAGAAAUGGAAAAUUCCGAUAACGAAAUAAUGCCCAGAGAAAGUACUAGAAGAACCAGAGCUACAGCACAAACACAGCCUCCACAACAGCAACAAGCAUCUCCUUCACUAACACCCGAACCGCCACUUGGACAUCGGGACGAUGGAGAUGACGAUGGAGUUGGUGAAGAAUUAGAACAAUUCCAUUUGUCAUCAUCUCAGCAACAACAGCAACAACAAUAUUUGCAACCAUUGACUGAGAGAUCAUCAAGUAACAUUGUAUCAUCUACCGCCACAAAUGCAAUCAGCAUUGAGAGAUUGAAUAUUUUCAAAAGAAUACUAGCCCAGGUGUCACGUUCUGCAUUAUUUGCCAAUGAUCAAGCUGCGGCAAACUAUCAUGACGUUACUCGUGCUAUCAAUGAACAGAUGGAACAAGAAGAUAUUUUCUCAGAGCAAGAGUUGAGUGCUGGAUUUGAAGUGAUGAGUUCUGAAAACAAGUUUUACCUAGAAAGUGAUAAGAUUUGGAAGAUUUAA